UAGAGUUGCUCAAACUUGAAAUCGUUUCCGGUACAAAGUUCCAUAAACAAAUGAAAUCAUGAUUUUAAUGUUUGUUUACAAUAUCCUUGGAUGGCUUAAGGAUUCGUUUGAUUUAACUUUAUCAAAGUUAAAAGAAAUUCUCACUAGAAUUGCUGUUUUCAUCACUGUUUUUAUGAUUUUGCUAUGGUUUUCUGCUUUCCUUUAUGGAAGUUUUUAUUUUGCUUAUAUGCCUCCUGUGUCUCUCACUAAACCUGUGAAUUUGCAGUUCAAACUAUGUGAAGAUGGCAUUGGAAUGUGUUCAUACCCUGCAGAUAAUAUCACCCUGGUUCAGGAGGGCCAAACAGAGGUGUUUGCGAGAGGUGAAUCAUAUACUAUUAAAAUGGAAACAGUACUACCAGAAUCUCCCAUAAACAAAGAACUAGGCAUGUUUAUGGUGAAGUUGCAGCUCUUUGACAAGUCUGGAGGCACUGUAUCUAGUUCCUCAAGAUCUGUAAGUAUAAUGUUACACUAUAGAUCUGAGCUGCUGAGGAUCAUGGACACAUUUGUGUUUUCUCCCCUGCUUUUGUCCGGCUUUGUGGAACAAAAGCAGUUUUUAACAGUAGAAUUUUACAACAAUUACAUCGAUGACUCAUAUAAUCCAGCCGUGGGGGCAUACAUAGAAGUCCAGAAUAAAAAGAUUCAGAUUUAUACAGCCACAUUAAAGAUUUAUGCUCACUUUACGGGCUUGAGAUACAUGCUGUUCCAUUGGCCUCUCCUGUCAGCUGCCAUAGGAACGACCCUAAACAUGUGCCUGCUGAGCUUCAUUGCUUUGUUGUCAUGGUAUCAGAUUUACUACAGCAGGGGUAAUGGCAAUUCCAAUUCAGUGGAAUAUGAACCUGAGACCAAAAGUAAAGAUAAAAGUGCAAUGGAGGAACGAAGGAAAAAUAUAAGAGAGAUGUUGGCAAGGGAAAGAAAAGCAACAGAAGCCCAAAUGCUGGGGAAAUCUCAUUCCUACCCUGAACAACAGUACUCCACGUUGGAGACAAUGGUUAGUAGAGAGGUGUCAGAAGACACAGAGGAGAGUCUAAUUUCAGGAAAGAACACAGAAGGUUCGGAGAGUGAUUCUACAUUCCUACGUCACAGACACCCUGUCACUUCCUCCUGAUCAAGACCUUGAAGUGAUUGCUUGUCAUUGUAACUUAUAUUAAAACCAUUUUUAUUUUUUUUAUUUUGUGUAAAUUUGUAUAGAAGCGCAGAUGAGCAUUAUUUGCAUUGCCAAGAGUUUUUCAGCCUAAAGGUCAGUUAUUAUGUGUGAUAGAGGACAUUUUCCAGUGUGCAUAUGUAGAUCAGAGUGUCUGUUUGAAAUAAUAUAGAACCAAAAGAAUAGUACUGUUCUGUGUGUGCUUUUAUAUCUACUGUUGAAAAUACACAUGUACUGCUGUAAAAAUGAAAGAUAAAUGAACGUUUUACACUGUAUGCUAGUACCAUGCAUUACCAUGCACCAAUACUUGUUUUUAUCCAUGCUUAAUACUUUACAGUAUAUCAUUGUUUUUAGUUUUCCAUUAUGUAUCUACAGGACACAUAAUGUGUUGAGGCUUGUACAUGUAUUAGUGAGAUUUGAUACAUGUAUAUGUUGAGAGUGGAAUAGUGUUCAAUACAUUUACUCAGUGAGAAAGAAACCAGAAACUUGCUCUAGAUACAGAUUCACUCUUACUUGC